UGUCAUGCUGUCCCUCGGUCAAAUUCAGCUGGUGUUGUAGUCGGAGGUGAGUUGAUGAAUGGCAAAAUAUGUCAUACACUUGAAAGGCCAAACGAAAGGAUAGAGAGGCUCACUGGACAAGCAAAACCCUUCUGAAGACGAGGUGUUCUUGCUGCUGGCCUGCAGUUUGAGAAGAGUGCUGCUGGAAAGUCUACCGCCAACAUGGGGAACAUUUUUGGAAACCUUCUGAAGAGCCUGAUUGGGAAGAAGGAGAUGCGAAUUCUCAUGGUUGGGCUGGAUGCAGCGGGGAAAACCACAAUCCUGUACAAACUGAAGCUGGGAGAGAUAGUCACCACUAUACCCACCAUAGGCUUUAAUGUUGAAACAGUGGAGUACAAGAACAUCAGCUUCACUGUAUGGGAUGUUGGUGGCCAGGACAAGAUCCGUCCGCUUUGGAGACACUAUUUCCAGAACACACAAGGUCUGAUCUUUGUGGUGGACAGCAACGACAGGGAGCGAGUAAACGAGGCUCGAGAGGAACUGAUGAGGAUGCUGGCAGAGGAUGAGCUGCGUGAUGCUGUGCUUCUUGUCUUUGCCAACAAACAGGACCUGCCCAAUGCCAUGAACGCGGCCGAAAUCACAGACAAGCUGGGCCUGCAUUCGCUUCGCCACCGCAGCUGGUACAUCCAGGCUACUUGCGCCACCAGUGGGGACGGCCUCUACGAGGGCCUUGACUGGCUGGCAAACCAGCUGAAGAACAAGAAAUGAGAUGGGUCAGCACAACAGGAGGACAUCACGGACUGUGUGUCCCCCCCUUCCCUCCCCUCCUGUGCCUGGGCAUCUGGUGGGUAGGUGUGUCGGAUUUAAGGCCUGGAUUAGUGUUUUGAAGAGCCUUACAGUCCCAUACAUUUACAUGCACACAAAUACACUGCUCUGUUAGCAACACUGACAAGGAAGACCAUAAAGUGAAAAAGAAUCAGAGUUAAUAAUUUAUUUGACUUUAUGUACUUUUUAUGGAGCUUUGGAUAAGGGAGCUCAUUGAAGGAUAGCCACUCAGGAAUUAUACACCUGUGUAAUAAGUGACAAUAUGAAAACUGAAGGCUGCGUGAUGAGAUUAGACAAGUACCUGUGUUGUACUCAUUCGCAAUGCUUCUUUGAGUAUAACUGGCAAACAAUCUCACAUUUAAGGAUUUGUGUAUAAAUUUCACAGACCACAAAUUAUGUCCUGUGCUGGUUUCACAAGAAGUCCUGUAUCUGUCGUGGUCAGUGGGUCUUACUGAAAGCAUAGCUCAAUUUCUGCCCGGUAGUCUCUUCUGUUUUCUGGGUUU